CUCUCUCCAUGUAAGGGUCUUGCUGAAAUCUUGACCUCACAUACAGACAAGGAAGGAAAAAAAGAAGACUGAAGGAUCUGUAUUGCAAUUAAACACCCAUAUCAUGGCUGACGUGGAGGAGAAAGCAUUUAUAUGCCUGGAAUGUGGGAAGAGUUUCACUUGGAGGUGUGAUCUGAAGCGACAUCAAAGGACUCACACAGGGGAGAAACCAUAUACAUGCCUGGAGUGUGGAAAGAGCUUCGCUCAGAGAUCAUUUCUACGUUUACAUCAAAGGAUUCACACUGGGGAGAAACCCUAUACAUGCCUGGAGUGUGGAAAGAGCUUCACUCACAGUUCAAAUCUACAUUCACAUCAAAGGAUUCACACUGGGGAGAAACCCUAUACAUGCCUGGAGUGUGGGCAGAGCUUCACUCAGAGUUCAGGUCUACGAUUACAUCAAAGGAUUCACACGGGAGAGAAACCCUAUACAUGCAUGGAGUGUGGGCAGAGCUUCUCUCAGAGUUCAAUUCUACGUUCACAUCAAAGGAUUCACACUGGGGAGAAACCCUAUACAUGCCUGGAGUGUGGAAAGAGCUUCACUCACAGUUCAAAUCUACAUUCACAUCAAAGGAUUCACACCGGGGAGAAACCCUAUACAUGCCUGGAGUGUGGGCAGAGCUUCACUCAGAGUUCAGGUCUACGAUUACAUCAAAGGACUCACACUGGGGAGAAACCCUAUACAUGCCUGGAGUGCGGGCAGAGCUUCAUUACAAGUGGAAGUCUACGCUCACACCAAAGGACUCACACUCGGGAGAAACCCUAUACAUGCCUGGAGUGUGGAAAGAGCUUCACUCAGAGUGGAAGUCUACGUUCACAUCAAAGGAUUCACACUGGGGAGAAACCCUAUACAUGCCUGGAGUGCGGGCAGAGCUUCACUCAGAGUGCACAUCUACGUUCACAUCAAAGGACUCACACUGGGGAGAAACCCUAUAAACACAUGGUGUGUGGGAAAAGCUUCUCUGAGAGUAGAAAUCAACAUAGACAUGGAAUCCACACUGGAGAGAACAGUGGUGUUUGACCCCAAAGAGAGUUUCCCAGAUAGAGCUUUCCAGACUUUUCAUGUUGGUGAAACACUUUUUAGACAUGCAUCAUUUUGUGACACAGUAAUUUAGUUUAACUAGCAAACCAGAGGUUAAACAACCUCAUAUAAGAUAUUCAAUAUAAUACUAUAUUAUAUAAUACUAGCUGUACCCAGCCACGUGUUGCUGUGGCCCAUUUUGGAGAAAUAGGAAAGAAAGAAAAGAGGAAGAGCUGGUUUCUAAUCUAUCAAUACACAACUGAAGUGGCAAAGUGUCAACGUAAUAUAGGCGCAUUUCCAACUCCUUGAGGCCAAAGGGUUAUAUGGAUGUGUGGAAGGGCUCUGCGUUGCCUGAGUCUACACUGCCAUAUAACCCAGUUCAA